UAAUGCUCGGCACAAGCCCUCCACUAUAUACGGAGUGUUUUUUGUCAAUAUUAGCGGGCCUACUUGAGGGGAAGUUUAUAAUUGGACACGUGUUUUCCCCGCUUUUUUGUCGUUUGGAGAUCAACUGAUUCUUUUGUAAUGCGUUUUUAAAGCAAUGAACGAUCCACAAGGAGGGGUAAAGUGUUCUUAAGAGCUCCCUUUCAGCCUUUAGAAUUGGCCAGAGCAACCCGCCGAGAAACAUGGAGGCCCUGGAAGUAUUUAAUCCGGGAGAUGUGCCCAUGUGGGUGUCACACGGCAGAGAUUCAGGCACAUGCAGGUAGACAGUAUCGAGAAUCUGCUGUGUGCCUUCAGAGACUGGGAAAGAUCGUAUCAUUUUAAAUAUGGAGGACGUGCUUUUUGACUUGGAUCAGGAUGGCACUACUGAUUAUGCAUUUUGGGGACAAAUGGACCAAAACUUCCAGUUCCAGAGCCAGCUGGACACCUUCCUGCUGGACUACAACUCCGCCGGCCAGCUCUCACCCUGGCCCAACUUCGGCAGUCAGUCCAUGUUCCCGGACGCACAGCUGACCUUAACCGACCUCGACGCGCAGUCUCCGGGGGAAGACGCGUGCGCUGAAGGGGAAACGUCCUCCAUGGACGACCCCCUGGAGGUGACCAAGCACAGGGCGCGGCGCCUCUCUUCUCACCCGCCCUAUAAGGUGCAGCGGCACGCGGCCAACAUCCGCGAGAGGAAGAGGAUGCUGAGCAUCAACUCCGCCUUCGAGGAGCUGCGCUGCCACGUGCCCACCUUCCCCUACGAGAAGCGGCUUUCCAAGAUAGACACCCUGAGGCUCGCCAUCGCCUACAUCGCCCUGCUGAGGGAGAUCCUCGUGUCGGGCUGCGACCCCAAGUCCUACGUAGACGACUGCAUGAAGAGCGGCUACAAGAAUCACACCAACGCCAUCUGGAACACAAGCGACCUGACAGCCCGCCUCUCUUGGAUAAAGUGGGAUUAACUGAGGAACAUGGGGGCGCCCUGAGAGGGGAGAUGGCAGCGGGGGGAGGUUCAGAUUGGUUUCUCUGUCCCUCUCUGUCUAGAUGUCAAAGAAAGGCGUUCGUCCCGCAUGACCGACAUCUGCAGACUUCUCAUCGGGUCACACACCUCAGGCUUUUCUAAAACCUCACCCCCCGUCCUCCGUGGCUUUUAAUAUUCUAAUUUAUUGUUGACUGGUUAAUUGAGAGCCAUUGUUUCUGAGGCCAGGGGGGGGGGGGGGAAGAGGGUGGGCAUUGUUUGCCCAAAUAGAUGGCACUUGUUCCAGAGGGAGAGGGGCACACUGGCACAAGGCUGAAUGGACUUCCUGAGGGCUCAUACUUCUGCAUGAAGCAACUGAAGUGUUUUCUGGACUCGCGCUCAUUAGUGUGCGAGGCAAUGUGUUAAAAAGAGCCUUGAUCAUGUAAAUGAGACAAUGGGCGUGAGAAGCAGAUCAGCGCGAUGUGUUUUAGCAUGUCAGGUGCAAACAUGGCAAUAAGGCUAGUAGUGUUUCAUGUGAAAACUCUAAAAUCUCUUGUUUUAUUUAUUUAUUUAUGUAUUCCUUAUUUUGUGUAUUUAUGACAAAAUACUUUUUCGGACAUGUAUUUUUUAACAUAUGUUGAUUAUUUAAUUUCUUUUUAUUGUGAGUUAUUGUACAUUUUAAGCUAUUUCAUACUAUGUAAAAGUGUAUUUAUUUCUUAAAUGAAUCAGCACAGAAAAGUUGAUGUGGUAAUUGAAUGUAUUUGUGAUCAAUGAUCAUUUCUCAGGAUCAUAAAAAGCAAUUUUUCUCCACUUUGGUUUUCUAUCUUUUUGAAUUAAGGAUUGUAUAUGUUUCAGGGGUUAGUCAAGCACUUACAUGUCAUCUCUCUCUGUCCCUGAUUUCUCUUCCUGUUAGUAUUAUGGAUGAAUCAAAAAUGACACUUUGGAUGAAUAUUUGUAUUCAUACCAGGGUCUUAGUUACAAAAUAUCCAGGUGUCAUUCCUCAGAGGGAGCUGAAACUACUGCUGCACUAUAACGGCAUGACGGAUCAACUGCUGGCUGAAGUCUAUUGCUUAUUAUUUAAGCUCCACAAAGGCAACCCUUAGCUAAAAAAAGUAGAUUUACAUUUAAAACACAGCCUAUGGGGAAUAUAGAGAUGGUUUAAAAAUGAUGUAAUGGUAAAUGAAAUCUGGAUGAGAUUGCAAACCCUUUUUUUUCAUAAAGCUACAUGUAAAACAAGACUUAUAGUGUCCCCCUGUGUUUGUGCUUUAUCAUGGCUCACUGCUCUAACAGGUGUCACAGGUGUUGUUAUCACUUCUUAAUACUGUGCACCUGUUUUAUGUAAGAAACAGGUUGUGCCGAACAACAUAAUAAAAGUAUAAUUUAGCAUAGGAUGUAGACCUCAAAUAAUAUUCUUCAAGUAUUUUCAAUUGUAGCAAUCAACUAAUUGAAAGAGAACUCUGUGGCACUGUGGCUCUCAGUGACCCCUGGGUCCCCCUGGUGGAACUAGUUGGGUGAAAAUUAAUAGCUUUAUGAGCUGGGCUUCACAAUGAAUGCUUCAUUAACUGUUGUCUAAUAUUAUUUAAGAUCUGUGAUUUAGGGAUUAAUAUAUGCAGGUGGCACAUGUGGCACACACAUAGUUGAAAAAUAAACCACUUAUUGCUACAUUUAAAACUCACAAACAAGUACAAAAAAGUACGGAGCUCUGGAGGGUUCAUAGAGAGAAAGAUAAAUGCCACGUUUUAUUAAUUUGUGCGCACGAGAUGUAAUUCGUGGCCUCAAUUUAAAUAAAACGAGGCCACGCUUUAUUAAUUCGUUCGCACGAGAUACUUUCUCGUGUGCACGAGAUACCUUUUCGUGCGCACAAGAUACUUUCUCGUUCGCACGAGAAAGUUACUGGUGCACCAAGUAGGAAGUGGAGCGCACAGGAGACAACCGUUUCAUUGCAGACUGUUAUGUUUAUGUGGGGAAAUGACAGUGCAUACAUUAUUUGAGAUAUAUUUAAAACUCGGACUUCA